AUGAGUACAAAAUCAAUCCCAACACUAACCCUCGAUGGGGCCCGUAUUGCCCUUGCGGCUGCCGAGCAACGAUCAAAAGAAAUCAACGUACCAAUGAACAUCGCCAUCAUGGACAAUGCGUGCCAUCUGCUUGCGUUCGCCCGUAUGGAAGGCGCAAAGCUCACUUCUAUCAACAUCGCCAUCGAUAAAGCUUUUACAGCUGCAGGUCAUCGAGCGCCAACCUCGGUGUACAAAGACAACGUGUAUCCCGGGGGGCCUGCAUAUGGCAUCAAUCACAGCAACCAAGGGAGAUUUAUGACGAUUGCGGGAGGUGUUCCGAUUGUAAAAGACGGAGUUGUUGUCGGGGCUGUGGGAUGUAGUACUGGGUUGCCGAGUCAAGAUGAGGAUGUUGCGAAGAAGGGUGUUGAAGCUGUGGAGAAAAGCUUCGGGCUUAAGGCGAAGCUGUGA